AUGAAGAGAAUAUCUACAAAAUUGUUCGUGAAGGAAGAUCGAAAAAGCCGAGGGCCCUCGGGGGUCGGCAAUCGCACCUGGAAGGCACUAACGUGCCUCCUGCUAAAAGGCGUUAAGCAUUCUCCCCCUCCACCACGCACGCCCAAACUACCACCGCUGAAGGUCACCAGCAGCUCUUCUACUCAACCAGGGAGUGGGACUAUCGCUAGCGCAUCAAGGACGGACGACGAAGUGGAGCGUAUUGUAAAGGCUGUCACAGUCGCUCUUAUGAAGAAGGAAAAGCCCAACAAGGAAAAUGAAGACCCUUCGGAUGCGAUUUUCAAUGUUAAAUAG